AUGAAUUUCGACGCAAGAGUCUUCCUUUUCGCAAUUCUACAAGCCCGCAAGGCAUUCGAAGAUUACGCCGACGAAAGACCCUCCCGUGGUGCUGAAGCAACCAGAGGUGUACACACACCCAGCUCGAAUCAUCAACUCUCGCGACUGAUACUUCGUGUUCAAACUCUUCAUUUCCAAGCAAAGAAUGAAACAACCAUAUUGUCUACAACCAUCUCUCGAGGGGUGAAAUUGUGGCAGGAUAUCGAGAACUGGGAAGGAUUCGACGCUGGAACCUUAGCCGGCGAUGAAGAAAUGAAGUGGUUAUACCAAUCUUCACUUUUCAUUUGGCUUCAUUUGAUCGUUUAUCCCGAAAGUAUCGAAACUGAAAAGCUUCAACAACUGGCGACUCCAGGAAUUGAGCAUUUCAAAAACCUCUCUUCGUCCCAGGCACCAGCACUCUUACUUUUUCCAAUAUUCUUUCACGGCCUAAUCUGUAGAAAGGACCUAGAUCGUCAAAUUACUAUGGAGGCAUUCUCAAAGCUAAUACCUGGAGGUGAUGAAAGUCACUUUAGGAUAUUUGAGGCUACGAUCACAUGGUGCUGGAGAAAUUAUGAUCAUGGGGCUGUUCGAAGCUGGGACUGGACUGAUCGGGUUUCACCCUCGUUCAUUUCCUCACAUCCGGCAUUUGAUUGA